AUGCUUUAUUCUAUCAUUAGUUCUGCUGUUUUGAGUCAGUUGCAACACAUCCACGUAACAGAAAGCAUAACAUCCGCCAUUAGGGUUUUUUUCUUUACCGCCAUUUUUGUUCGCUUCCUUUUUUUUCUGUCUUAUCUUUUCCACUCUAUACGCAUUAGGAAUGCAACAAUGCAUGGAUAUAAGUGUGUUAAUUUUCUCCUUUUCAUUCAAAUAUUUCUUUUUAUUUUCUUUCAUAUUUUAAUUUGCUCGGUUUUCCUUUAUCUUCUCUCUCUUUUUGUUCCCUUUUUUCCAUGGUUUCUUUUCUUUUUUCACUCAUUUAUUACUUUAACGUUGUCUUGCUUUUCAUUUUUUUUUUCAUCUAAUUUCCUCUUUUUCCUUAAUUGUCUUCUUCUGCCUCACGCUGCACUUUUUCCUGUUCUACUCCUUUUUACCAUUUUUCUGUGGUACUGUUCUUUGCAUUUAUUUUUCAUUUAUCACCCUCUUAUUUCCCUUUCCCCUUUUUCCUUCCUUCCUCGUCUUUCUCGACUUUCCUUCGUAUUUUUUUUUCUUUUUUUCCUUUUCUCUUUUCCCUCUUUCUUUACACGCUCUUCUCAGGUCACAAACUUACAUCUAUCUAUCUAUCUAUCUAUCUAUCUAUCUAUCUAUCUAUCUAUCUAUCUAUCUCUCUCUCUCUCUCUCUCUCUCUCUAUAUAUAUAUAUAUAUAUAUAUAUAUAUAUAUAUAA